AUGCUUCGAGGACUUUUUAUCAUUUUCUUGUUAUCAAGUACUGUUUCAUCUAAUCAAUGGAAUUACGGUCAACUUGGUCCAGAUAUAUGGAGUGAUUAUUAUCCAUUAUGUGCUGGUAAUUCGCAAUCACCCAUAAAUAUUUUAACUGCUUGUACAAAAUAUAGAAACUUGAAACCAUUUCAAUUAACAUCAUCAUACGAUGAAAAACAUUAUUUUACAUUAAGAAAUAAUGGACAUACAGUUAUUGGUAUUAUUAAUCAAGAAUAUAAACAAUCACCUCUUGUAAUAGCUGGUGGUGGUUUAAAUGGAACAUUUGAAUUUGUUAAUUUUCAUUUACAUUGGGGAGAAAAUUAUAAAUCAGGCAGUGAACAUCAAAUAAAUGGUAUUAAAUAUGCUGGGGAAAUACAUUUUGUCUAUUUAAACCGUUUAACCUCACAAAUGGCUGUCCUUGGAAUAUUUAUGCAAAGUUAUGCAGAUAGUGAAGCAAUUCAACUUGAUGAAAAUAAUAAAACACGUCAAGAAUGGCAGAGAUAUUUUGAUAUAACACAAACAUUAAAAUCUGAAAAUGAUUCAACGGUAUUUAAUUUAAAUUUUCGAUCGCUUAUCGGUGAUAAUUUAGCGGAUUUUUGGAGAUAUCAAGGUUCAUUGACAACACCCCCAUGUUCAGAAGGUGUUAUCUGGACAAUAUUCAAACAGCCAAUUGUGUUUUUAGAAACUCAAUUUCGAACAUUAAGAGAUAAUAUUUAUUUCGAAGAUUAUCGUGGUCCUCAACCCUUAUAUAAUCGAACUGUUUAUCGAAAUUUUCACAAUGAAACAUUAUCAUCAAUACCGGACUAUAAUCGUUGUUUAUUAGAUUCACAAAAUGAAAAACUUAAAGAUAAAUCUUUAGUAUUUGGUCUAAUACAUUGUUCGACACAUUCAUUUUUCUUAUUUCUUUUAUGUUUUUAUUCAUUAAUAAUAUUUGCAGUAUUUAUUUUUUUUAAAUUUCGUUAUUCAAUUUGGAAAAAAAAAUUUGAAUAA